UGUAGUUGCCUAGUUGGCCCUUUUUUAUAUCAAAUAGUUGUACAGAAGGGUUAAAAAAUCGUACUGACUUGGCUAGAAAAAAAUUGUAUUAUAUGGGCAUGAUCACUGCCUUAUAUAACUCCUUUCUUUCUCUUGUCUUCUCCCACAAAUGCCCACCACCAUGAGAAUACCAAUGGCUAGCCUUGCUUUCUUUAUGGUCAUGGAAACUUUGCUGGUUUCUGUGGUCCAUUCUGUAUCAAUAUCAUCCGGAACAGAUGCGUACAUCGUUCACAUGGAUGCUGCGGCCAUGCCCAAGGUCUUCACAGGAACUCAUCAUUGGCACGAAGCCAUUCUUGCUUCGGAAAGCUUGGUAGAGCCUCAGAUGGCCUCCGCCGGAUCUAGGCUUCUCUACUCUUACAAUCAAGUAGUGAACGGCUUCAGUGCAUCUCUUUCUAAAGCUCAACUGGAACAGAUAAGGAAGUCCCCUGGUUUUCUAUCAGCUUACCAAGAUAAGGUGCUCACCAUUGACACCACACACACAUUUGAAUUCCUUGGCCUGAAUGCAGAAUCGGGCAUGUGGCCGAAUUCUGACUACGGUGAAGGUAUCAUAAUUGGAGUUAUAGACACUGGUAUCUGGCCAGAGAGCAGGAGCUUUGGUGAUGAUGGCAUGAGCGAUGUACCAACAAGGUGGAAGGGUGAAUGCCAGGACAAUCCUGACUUUUCUGCUUCAAUGUGUAACAGGAAGCUGAUCGGUGCCCGGUUCUUCAACAGAGGCCUGCUAGCUCAAUAUCCUAGCCUCUCUGAUACAAUUAUAAAUUCAACCAGAGAUUAUGAUGGACAUGGGACUCACACUUCAUCAAUUGCAGCAGGAAAUUGUGUAAUGAAUGCUUCUUACUUUGGAUACGCGAGCGGUAGGGCAUGUGGAGUAGCCCCUCGUGCUAGAUUGGCAGCCUACAAGGUCUUCUGGGAUGGCAUAGGCUUCUCCUCGGAUCUGCUUGCAGCAUUCGAUCAAGCAAUUUCUGAUGGAGUUGACAUAAUUUCUGUAUCUAUGAGCCUUCGAUCUGCUUCCCUCUAUGAAGACCCAAUUGCUAUAGCAUCCUUUACAGCAAUGGAGAAAGGUAUAUUUGUCUCAGCCUCUGCUGGAAAUCAGGGACCUAUGUCAAAAUCAGUUAGAAAUGUAGCACCUUGGCUACUAACAGUAGGAGCGACCAACAUUGACAGGAAAUUUUUGGCAACUGCAAUUCUAGGCAAUGGAGUUGAGGUUUUAGCGGAGUCUCUAUAUUUUGGAAAUGCAUCUCUCAACUCAUUGCCACUGCAUCAUUCCAGUGACUCUGAGGCCUGCAACAGUGUUGAAGUGCUCAACAACAUAGGUUACAAGGUUGUUAUAUGCAAAUGUCUCAGUGAAGCCAUAAACACUCAGCUGUUUGUGAUUUCGAAUUCUAAAGUGGCGGGAGCCCUGUUCCUCACCAGCUACCCUGUUCAGCUACUGACAAAUAGGUAUGUGACUCCGGCAGCAAUAUUGAACCCAAACGAUUCUUCUCUUGUUCAUGACUAUGUUAGCAGUAGCGACAGUCCAAUUGUGAGCCUGCGUUUUGGUAAGACUGUCACAGGUACCAAGCCAGCGCCUUCUGUAGCCUCCUACAGCUCAAGGGGGCCAUCACCAACUACACCAAUGAUCUUGAAGCCCGACCUUGUCGCGCCGGGAACUCUUGUGCUGGCCUCAUGGCCGAUGAACUCAUCAGUGGUUACAGUCCAUGAACAGCCUCUCUUCAGUGAGUUUAAUCUGAUGUCUGGCACCUCAAUGGCAUGUCCUCAUGCAUCAGGGGUAGCUGCACUACUCAAGGCCACUCACCCUGAUUGGAGUGGCGCUGCAAUUCGAUCUGCCAUGAUGACUACUGCUGAUGUUCUAGACAACACAGAGAGCCCAAUUGCAAGCAUAAUUAGAGAUGCCCAACCGGCAACACCAUUAGAUAUGGGCUCAGGUCAGCUCAGCCCCAAUAAGGCCAUGGACCCUGGCUUGGUUUAUGACAUCAGUCCCCAAGACUAUGUCAAAUUCCUCUGUGGUUUGAAUUACACCAAGGAACAGAUGCAAACCAUCACAGGAAAGUCCUUGAACAAUGACACUUGCUCAGAAGCAAAUCUGGAUUUGAAUUAUCCUUCCUUCAUUGCUACCUUCAAGUUCUCAGAGCCUAGUCACAUGAAAAAAUUUAGCAGGACUCUAACCAAUGUCGGAGAUGGGAAUGCUACUUAUACAGCAAAAUUGACUUCUUUGGAUGGAUUUAAGGUUACUGUAAUUCCACAAACGCUUGUAUUUAAAGAGAAGAAGAGCAAGGCCUCUUUCACUUUGUCAAUAGAGGUCAGAAACCCAAAAUUCUCAAUGGGCUUGGCAGUAAGUUCAUUGAGUUGGGUUGAUGACAGAGGAAAAUACAAGGUUACAAAUCCUAUAGUGGUUAUGCUGCUCGCUUAAAAAAAUGCUGCUCAUUUAUGCUAGAUAUUCAUUUUCUUGAUCAAAGUGGGGAGCUCCUGAUGGUGGUUGGCAAGAAAAUUUAGGCCUUCAUCCACUAAAAGGCAUUCGUUCAAGGAAUAAGUUUCAGUUGAUUGUGCUUCAUUCACAAUUCACACACAAGAACAGAAAAGGCUGCUUCUGCACCCAGCAAUUUCACAAAAUAGCUUUUAAUAAUUCUUCCUUUUCUUCAUUUUUUCCAGCCAAAAGAAUGGUGUUGAGAUUAAGAGGAUUCAGAUUCGUUUUACCUUUAUUUUGUCAUUGUAAGUGUAUCCAUUUAAAGUAUUUUUUGUUGAGUCAAGAAAAAAUUGUGCAUUGA